AUGACUGAUGUUAAGGAAACUUCUUCGUGUAAUCUUUGCCUUAAAUAUAUAACCAAUGAAAGUUUUAAAGUAAUAGACAGCAAUAUCAGAGACAUUCUAGAUAGUCUUUUGCUGAAAUUGAAACCUGAUGGCGAGAGCAAGGUUAUAUGUAACGUUUGCAGAAGAAAGCUAAAUGCGGCAUCAGAAUUUAAGUCAACAUGUCUGAAUACCGAUAACACAAUUAUUCCUUAUGUGGAUAGCGAAAAAGUGUUGCAGCUCGACUUAAGAGAAGUAUACAUGCUGGAAAAGAAAAGCGAGAUAGUUGAUAUUUCUUGCAGUCAAAAAAUAUGUCGAUUGUGUAUGCACUCAGUAGAAAGUGAGUUUAGGUGCAUACAUGAAGUGGAACUUGAAGCUAUUCAGAAAUUGGCUCCUGAAAUGAAUAUGAAUAUCAUCAAAGAUCCCGUUGUUUGUAAGCGAUGCUUGGAUUCUCUGUGUACUCACAACAGUUUCCUAAAAGAUUUCUUAGAGGGAGAGGAAAAAAUUGAAAGUACUUUUGUUUCUUCAGCCACAGAAAAUCAAAUAGAUACGUCUUCACUUGAUUUAUUGGUUAAAACUGAAAACCUGGACGAGGAAUUCGAUAUUAACGAGAUGGAAAUGUUAAUCAAAGCUGAAAGUAUUGACAUAAAAUCGGAAGAUGAGGAAAGGAGUGAUAUGCCUUUCGAGGAGAGCGACUGUAAAGAUGCAGAAGAGGAUGGAUGUAAACAUGAGAAUGAAUCAGAAAUGAAAGCCAAGCAGAAGCUCAAAGUAUUGUACAACUGUGUUUCGGAACACUGUGCGAGACACGAGAACGAUUUGGAAGCAGAUAAAUAUGAUUUGUAUGAAUGUGAUACUGAAAAUAAGAAAUUACUUCAGAGGCAUUUGUUAGAAGAUCCUUCACAGGAUCCAAUGUACAGGAUCCGAUUCAACGAAAUCUAUAGUUUACAGAGUAUCACUGCAGUUAACUCGAAUCAGUACGAAGAGCCUGCGCAAUGA